AUGAAAAAGUUAAUACUUGUACUUGGUGGCUCUACUUUUAUGGGAAAGGAAUUAUUGUAGGAUCUUUCUUAAAAUGAGUCUUAUGAAGUUCAUUAUAUAAAUAGAGGAAAAAAUUAUUGGAACAAUGCAGUAAAUCAGAUAAAGAAUGUUUUUUAUACAUACGGUAAUCGAGAAGACGCAAAUGAUUUUACUACUUUGAUAAAGUAUCUUUCAAAAAAACUCGGGGUUGGAGUUAAUGGUAGAAUUUGGGAAUCUGUUGUUGAUUUCUCUGCAUUUUAUAGUAAUUAAGUGAAAUCUGUGUAUGCUGCUUUAAGAGGGUUGUGCAAUUUAUACAUAUUUAUAUCAACUGAUUCAAUCUAUGAUGUAUGUAAGAUAAGAAAAAUACCGAUAACAGAAGAUCAAGAUUAAAGAAAAGAAUUAUCAUAAUCUUAAAAGAAGGGAGAGAGUUAUGGCCAUGUAAUAAUUAAUAUGAAUAAUUAGAAUAAAUUGAAAUGUGAAGAGUUUCUAUAAAAUUAUGUUAUCGAAGGUUCAUUUCGAUAUAUAAUUUUAAGACUGCCAGAUGUUAUUGGACCUUUUGAUGAUUCUGGAAGAUUUUUCGCCUUGGUAAAAUGGCUUCAAUAAAAUGACAAGCAUCCUAUUUAAGUGGUAAAUGUGAUAAUUAAUUAGUUAGGAUUAAGCUGUGCAAUCAGAAUAAAUUAGUCUUGUAUAUAGCACAGAUGUUGUGAAUUGCGUAAAAUAUUUCAUUUAAAAUAUUCCAUAAUAAAAUUAAAUUUAUAAUGUUUGUUUCGAUGAGACAAUUUCAUAUAUUGAAUUAACUUAGGUGAUAGUAAUACUUUAAUACUAAUUUUAGCUGGAUAAAAUAUCACAAAAAUAGUUAAAUAUCAAACAUGUAGUAGAAGCGAGCAAAUUCUAUCCUUCAGUUGAUUGUGGAAUUAUUAGCAAUAAAAAAAUCAAAGAAUUAGGUAUUCAAUUCACUCCUUUGAUGAAAGCUUUGGAAAAGACGAUUGACUUUUUUAUGAAGGAAGCAUCAAAUUAUGAAGCAGAAAACAAGGCUGCUCUUGAAAAGCUUCAUAGGAAAUUAAAUGCUUGAGCAGG